AUGAAUUCUCAACAAGAAUCUCUCCAAGCUUUCUAUUCCAUCCCUUCCAAUACUGAUAAAGGGGACCUUUGCUCGAGAGAUCUUAGUGAUGCCGGCGAUGGUGACACCUACGACAAUCAAAGUGCUACUACGACAUUCGGAAACCCAACCUUAGCCAGAGAUUUCGUUUACCCUCGCUCAAACCCUCGGCACGAUACCAUACUGGACUUUGACAGUGUGGGGACGCUACCUGUGACGGUGUCUAAUCCUGCCUGUACCUCUCAUCUUCAGAAAGGACCUACGAUCCUCUACCAUGUACAUGAAGAUGAUUCCAUGCAAUCAGUGAUAUACUUUGAAAAACGUGAUCAAGAAACACAAGCUGCAAGUAAAGAGAUUCAAGGGUUCUUUCAAAGCUUACAGAAGUCAGUGCUAAACGCAGGCAGCAAAGGGAAUAUCAAGACUCGCCUUCUCAGUGACGGUACAAGAGAGUCCAUUACAGCUGAAUGUAUAAGACAAUCAUUUGAUGAAUGCGGUGCACCAUAUAACCUUGAAUAUGUAGAAAGAAAAGAGACAUUUGAUGAUCUGACCAAGAUAUUCACAGCCAGCGAUCAAUUCAAUGCAAAUUCAACGCCCACAAUUGUUCUGGAAGUUAGUCUGCAGAAGCUUGAACCAGUUGACGAUAUAUUGACUAAUGAAAUUCGAACACAAAAGCUUUAUCUGCCUUUUAUCAAUCAUGACAACGGAGUUUCCGAAUCGAUCGAUUCGAUACAAGACGCAAGACCCGUAAUGCUUGAAAUAGACAAAAGGAUAGCUCAUCCUAUGAGUACGGAUAAUACAACUUCUGUUGAAGGUUUCAUAGACGGUCUGACUGGAGGGACUGGAGUAUACAAGAAUCACAGAGUGACCACUAUAUCACCUUUUACACCCAAAUACAUUCUGGAUAGACAAGAAUGCUUUGGACUCUGCUUACAACGCGUAAGGGGGAUACGACAAAGAUGGAGAUCCCUUGAUUGA